AUGCGGCUUAUCAAAAGCAGCAUUGAACACAAUGGCUCCGGCGCCGUGACAUUAUGCCCCGAAGAGCCGGAAGACAUGUGGCACGCCUACAACCUGAUCCGCCCGAACGAUCUCCUCCGAGCCAGCGCAAUCCGCAAAGUCACCACAGCCCAAGACAGCGGGACAACAGUCUCGCAACGAGUCCAUCUCAUGCUCCAAAUCCGUGUCAAGGGGCUGGAUUUUGACCUAAACAGUUCCCAGCUCCACGUUAGUGGACAAAUCAUGAACGAGACACAACAUACACGAAUAGGGCAGCAUCAUACACUCGAUCUGGAAUUGCAUCGCAAUUUCACGCUGGAGAAAGAAGUGGGUGCGGACGGGGAAGGGGUUGGGUGGGAUAGUAUUGCGAUUGAUAUGCUCAAGGAUGCGGUAGAUGAAGGCGGUAAAAGGAGGGCGGAGGCUGUUGCCGUUGUGAUGCAGGAGGGGUUGGCGCAUAUAUGUUUCAUCACGCAGUUUCGAACGAUAUUGAAGCAGAAAGUUGAAAUGUCGAUACCGCGGAAACGGGCUGGAGGGGGAGAUCAUGAUAAGGGACUAUCGAAAUUUUUCCAAGUCACCUUAGAUACAUUGCUCCGCCAAAUAGAGUUCAACACAAGUAUAACAGCCAGCAACAAUAAUGACGAAACUGCGAGACCGAUUCUCCUAGCCUCGCCAGGAUUCGUUGCGGCAGGKUUCCAAAAACAUAUACAAUCGGCAGCGUCGACAAAUACUCCUGCUUUGAAGAGGCUACUACCGAGCAUUGUGGUUGUGCACUCGGCUUCUGGAUAUCUUCAUUCUCUCUCCGAAGUGCUCCAGUCACCAUCCGUCAAGACAUUACUCUCGGAUACGAAGUAUGCUCGAGAAACCAAGUUGAUGGACGACUUCUUAGACCAUCUCCGCAAAGAUACCAACAAAGCAACCUACGGACCACGAGAAGUCGAACACGCCGUAGAACAAGGGGCUGUCGGCAGAGGAGGUGGCGUGCUUAUAAUCUCAAAUAGAUUAUUCCGCUCGCAAGAUGUGGCCGAGAGAAAGCGAUGGGUCGGGCUAGUUGAUCGUGUCCGCGAAGUCGAAGGCGGAGAAGUUCGCGUACUGAGUUCUGAUCAUGAGAGUGGCAAACGACUCGAGGGCUUAGGUGGUGUUGCUGCACUUUUGACCUUUCCGGUUGCUGAAGAAGAUUUUGGUUCUGACGAUGAUGAUGAUAACAUGCAUAACGACCAACAACAUGCUAUUGAGGCGCAUUAG